GUGACAGAGCAGAUCUUAGAUUAUUAAUUAUUCAAAGUUAUCCACAGCAGAUCUCAGAUCAGUAAAUUAUCAAUAUCAUCGUCAGCUCAACAUCUCAAGAACUGGCAUUGUUGAGCACCGCUGAUCUCAGAUCUGUAUAACAAGCAUGUCUAGCAAUCAGAGCACGAGAUGCUCGUGCACGUGUAGCGGUAUGGGCAGCGGAAGCGAUAACAACAAGGAAUUGAUGGUGUUUGCAUAUCUUCAACUACCAAACAAUUAAACAUCAAAUGAUCUAUGGCUCGGGAGUUUUUAUCAUCUGUCGACUAACAAUGCAAUACAUUCUAGUUGGUGCACCAUGAUGACAUCAUCUCUGGCCCUUACUGUCAACCUUUGAUCGGGUGUCAGCGAGAACCAUGGCCUCUGAUGACCUUUUAAAACAGGGGUCAGAAGAUCCAGAGCAUGUCCAAGGAAAGAGCCAAGGUCAGGAGGAGUCACUGCAGAAUCAUAACCACUACUUGUGUGGUUCUGUGGCGGCGUUCGCCAACAUCGCCAUCACGUUCCCCAUACAUAAGGCAUUGUUCCGCCAGCAGCUGUUUGGGCUGCGAGCGAGGGAAGCUAUGCUGCAGCUUCAUGCGGACGGUUUACACACUCUGUAUCGUGGUAUCCUACCUCCCUUGCUUCAGAAAAGCGCCACCAUUGCUAUUAUGUUUGGAGUUUAUGAGGACUUCUUGGGGUUGCUACACCGUCACGCUCCUCAUGCCCCCGAGGUGUUAACACAGAGCGUCGCUGCGAUUUUGGCGGGAACAGCCGAAGCCGUCCUAACGCCCUUUGAGAGGGUCCAAACUUUACUGCAGGACCCUCGGCAUCACGGGAGCCUUCAGAACACUGCACAUUCGUUCCGGGUCUUAAUACAGCAACAUGGCAUUUCAGAGCUUUAUCGUGGCCUGGUCCCUAUUCUACUGAGGAACGGCCCUAGUAAUGCUUUAUUCUUUGGUUUGCGUGGACCACUGAAGGAACUGCUCCCGGAGGCGAAUUCGAAGGCGGGGCAUUUGGUGAAUGACUUUGUAUGUGGGGCGAUUCUGGGAGCAGGGCUCGGGGUGGCGUUUUACCCCCUGAACGUAGUUAAGUCUCACGCACAAGCACAAAUUGGAGGGGAGUUUAAGUCUUGCAGGGCGAUAUUGGUGAACGUUUUGAAAGAGAGGGACGGGAGGGUGAGCCGUCUCUUUCGAGGUGUUCAUUUGAACUUCCAGCGAUCUAUUUUCUCCUGGGGAAUUAUAAAUGCCACAUAUGAACUUUUACUGAAAAUGUUAAAUUAGAAGGGUGGCGAACUGAAACACAAAACUCUUCAAUGGGACUUGUAAUAUAGCACAAAGACUUGAAUAGGCUACUUUUAGGUUUGAAAGCUACAUGUUAAAAUUUCUCCACAUUACAGGGUUCCCACGGGUCCUUGAAACCCUUGAAAGUUUGUGAAUCUGGGGGAAAAAAUCAAGGCCCUGGGAAGUUUUUGAAAAUACAUAUACAUAGAUACAGGUCAUUGAAAGUGCUUGAAUCUAUUUUAUGCAAGAAGCUUUCUGGAUAAAAUCCAUAUUAUUCCCUGUGUAGUGUAGGAUAAAAAUUCUAGACUUUAAGCACACGUGCUAAACUGUUAGCUUUAAAUUCUUAUAUCUUCUUUAUGUGAAUGUUGAUUCAUACCAAACUGCUUUUUGCAUAGUUGUGUUUGACACAUGAAAACGUCUUGGGUUACGUAUGUAACUGUUGUUCCCUGGGAAAGGAACGAGGCGCUGCGUCUCCCUGCGUCCCUGUAACGUUGUCUUUGGCAAUAUUUUAGAUAGCGAUAUACUUCCUGGCUCCCGCGUCACCCUGUCUUUGUCGUUAAGCCUCACCAUUGGUUGAAUUUGACAUACACAUUCAGACGCACUUACCCCUGAAGGCGUCCCCAAAGUGUCACCGCAGUGACGCAGUGUGAGUUCCCUCAAAAGGGAACUGUAAUAGUGUAUCUUAAAAGGUAACACAAUGAAAACUUGACUCCCAGAAAGUAAACUGUUGCCUACAAUCUGUGUGUUUGUUGUAGUCCAAGAAAAGAGAUUUACAUUGGAAGCGAUAACUUGCUUCAUCGUUUACUUUGGGUUUACCUUUUGUUAACAUGUACUAAUACAUAAUUACACACCAAAGGAAACGUGAAUCCAACAAUAGUUGCCCUUUAAUUCAAUGUCUAACAUUUGAAUUGGAUAAAACAAUUUGAACAUUUUGUAUUAAAGGUCUCGUUCUUUCUGUGUCUUUGAAGCUAUGAUUGUGUUUACAGUGCGCAUAUAACAUGUGUUCAUGUUUCACGUGUAAAAACCGCUGUAUUUUUCACAGAAUUUACGGUGUUUUCACUGUCCUCAAAACAGGCUGAUGUCUUCCUUGUUCUAUGAAGUCCCUCCUUCAGAAAUACGUAAUGAGUUCUGAUUGUGUAGUUUGUUUAGUGCGUGUUGAUUCUGUAGCAGCUUAGCUUGCCGUUAGCUUAGCUGGCGACUGACGUAUUCCUGUGGGCGGAGUUUAGUCAAAAUACUGUUCUACUGACGUCAUUAAUGCAGGAAGUAGAUGGCUGUAGUCCAAACCGUCCGUUCGCUGUAGGCUUUGAAAGGUGAACUCUGUUAAAAAUAUAUAUAUAUAUCAUCUGGCAUUAAACUUUGAGCUUUAUUAUUUUACAGGUAUUAUUUAUGCUACUAUAGCAACAUUACACACUAACUAGGGUUUUAAAAAAUGGCAGUAGAAAGAAUGUGACCUUUAAGAGUCUCUUUUCACAAACAUCAUUGACCCCAUGACUAUAAGUGUAUUCUUUGUUGUGUUCCCAGCUUCAUAAUUUUUUUAAACUGACUGUACUGUCUUUUCUUAUUUAAAUCGUAUGUUAUUACUAGGGAGGGAAAUACCACAGUUUACACACUGGUGGUGUUUUUGGAGUUUUUUAUAAGGUUUGCUGAGUCAGCUUUAGGGUCGCCAAACUCUCUAGACUCCAGUCACCAAGUGACGACUUAGAUUUUAGUCCAAGCAUUGAUUUGUCAUGUGAGAACCAGUCAACACAGAAAUCGGUUUGGUGUUUGUGGUCUCUGUAGCUUUCAAGUGGUAACCGAGUCCUUCUUUCUUAGCCAAAUUCUUUUAUGCUUUGAACCCGCUAAAGCUAUAACACAUUAUUUCAGUGACAUAAGCAGUCAUUUUGCCAUGUUUGGUCCAUGUUUCUCAUAGCACUUAAAACUUUCUGGAAUCGCUCCCAAAUAUAGUGGGAUUUGUUGUGGAAGGCGGGACCACAGUCUCUUCACCAAGGACUGUGAAGUGCAAAUGGAAAAUGACGUGCCCUUUGUAUGUGCUGUCAGUGUAAAUGUAAUUUUGUACUAUUCACUUUCAUUUAUACUAACUAGUCAAAUAUAGGAGAACAAAUAAGCAAGCAUUUGAUGCUUGAUCACAAGGUUUUGGUGAACUCUGAUCUGAUCUUCAGUUUGGCCAUUAAUAGUUAUUUUUCAUUUACAGUUUUACAGUUAUUACUUUGGUUUUCAUAUGUAUUCAUUUAGCAAUACUCUUAGCUUCCACAGCAUAAUUUUAAUGUCAAAAUGUAUGCUUCCCAUUUUCAACAUGAGCCCACUUCCACUGAGCAAAUAUCUCUUCCUGUGACAUUUAAUGGGGUCAGUUAAAAUGGCACGAAUGACCUUUUUGUUCAUUGAUGCUCAACCGUAAACCCUGUUUUUAUACCUGAUAAAGAUGUUUUUAUUCUGAUACUAAAAGAGAUUUUGGGUCGAAGGGGGCAUGUAAAACUGAGUUCAGUUGGCACAUGCAUGCAUGGAUCAUCUACUGUGUACAGAGUGGUAUAAUUGGUCGCUGUUCACUUCUGAUGCUUGUAAAUUCAGGCUCUGGCCUGCACCCACUAAAGAUGUCAGCACUGAACAGGGCAAAUUUGGAAAACGCAUAUUUAAAGGCAAAACUUGUUUUGUAGAAGAGUUUAUUAUCUUUAUAAAGUUUUGACAGCUAUAGAGAAGGGAAGCGAAUAAGCCAUGAUAAUAUAGAAUAUAUUAAGCAAGUCACUAAUAUGUUAACAUGCAUUGUGGAGUUCCGUUUUUUUCAUCUCUUUGGUGGUCCAAAUUUAAGUACACCAAACAAACGCCCUAGAUUUGUCACAUAAACUGUGCUUUAAUUUAAUUAGUAUUUAAAGUAAAUAUGAUAAAUAUUGAUGACGUGCAACCGCAGAAGUUUCCAAGUUUAUGCAUGUAUAUUAUAAAUAAUGCUAUAUAAAUGCAGUCCAUUUACCAUGCAUGUAAAUUACAGGAUAUAGACUGUAAAAAAAUAAUGCAGCAUGAAGUUAAAACAACUUAGUUUUUUAGGUCAAUUCAACCUACUAUUUUAAGUUUUGGCUUGUGAUACAAUGACAUAACUUAUAAAAUUAAGUUGAACUUGUUAAAGUAACAUAAAAAUAUAUGUUGAUUUGACAAAAAUGCUGCGUUUUUUUUUACUGUGAGCGAGAUCUAUUGUACCUUUCUCUUGUUUCAGUUUCAGCCUUUUGCCUAUUUUUUAAUUUUCCAUUCUUUAAUGAAUCUCCUCCAAAAAGUUCAAGUUAUUUCAACUAAAUGUACCUCUGAUGUCAGUGUGACAAAUGAAUUAUUUUUGAGUUUGUUCAUAUGUAAUCAUUUACUGUUAUUGUAUAUUUUGUUUAAAAGCACUGUAUUUUCAAGGUUUUUUAAAUGUACCACCUGACCUCGGUUUCUUUAUGUCUUGUUUUGCCAGAUUUAACUCUCUCCCUCUCAGUUUUAAUAUAAUUCUUCUGUGUAUAAAAUUAUUAUGUUUUUA